UUUUUUACACGUCAUCACAAUAAUUUGACCAUAUAAUAAUUCAAUUAUUAUCUUCAUUCUCCCUGCCCUGGAAUAUACAGGAAACACAUUUAUUUCUCUUUGCUAAUGACUUCUAAUAAGAUCAAUCAAACUCCAACCCGACGGCGUCCCUUAACCUUCCCGGCAGUCCACCCCUGCAAAUCCAUAUCUCCGGCAACCCUCCUCAGUUCAUUAAUCACUCUCUCACAAAACAUAUGCACUUUCCAACCAAACUCCUUCCCCACACAAAAACGAAACGCCAAAGAAACUAAGCGCCAAAUCACAAUUCUCCUCAUAUUCUUCCAAGAACUCCAUCACCGUCGUUCUUUCAUCCCAAAACAAAUCAUUCCCAUUUUCUCGGAACUCCACUUCACCCUCCAACAUAUCCACUUCUUAAUACAAGACUGUUCCCUCCAAAACGCACGCCUCUGGAUUCUCUUCAAAUCACAAUUCGUCGCCACACAGUUUCACCUUCUCGUCCGUUCCGUAUCCAAAUCUCUCCACUCGUUACCCCUCCACGUCCUCGAUAUAUGCGACGAGGUUAAAGAACUAAUUGAAUUACUAACCAAACAAGCCGCAAAAGUGAAAUUGGAACUCGACGAAAACGACGAACGCGAAGCCAAACGAGUCACUUUAAUUUUGAAUCAAUUAGAAAAAGGAACCGAACCAGACGUUAAUUCCAUGAAGCAAGUACUCGAUUACCUUGAAAUCAAAACUUGGAUCGAUUGCAACGAAGAUAUCAAAUUCCUCCAAAACGUAGAGAAAGAGGUUCCUCUGUUGAAAGGUUUAAUAGGUUUUUUGUGCUAUUGUCGUGUGAUCAUAUUCGAAUCCCUAGAUUUUCAAUCGCUUAACCGUAAUAAUAGAUCAGAAACCGGGUGCAGCAUAGGGAUGUUAAACUGCGUAACACCGAAUGAUUACCGUUGUCCAAUUUCACUCGAACUCAUGACAGAUCCUGUAACCGUUUCCACUGGCCAAACAUACAACAGAGCUUCAAUUCUAAAAUGGUUAAAAGACGGAAACAUGACGUGUCCAAUAACAGGGGAAAGACUCAUUUCAACGGAGCUUUUUCCAAAUACAGCACUCAAAAAACUUAUCCAAAAAUUCUGUUACGAUAACGGAAUUUCAACAACCAAGUCCCACGUCAGCAUAACAACGGCAACCACCGUGAAUACUGAUUCUCCCGCUGCAGCACACGCGAUACAGUUCGCGUCGUGGUCACUCGCUCGAAUGUUAGUUUUCGGAACAGAGGAACAGAAAAACAAAGCAGCUUACGAAAUUCGUUUACUCUCUAAAUCAAACGUGUUCAACACGGCGUGUUUGGCUGAAAUGGGAACAGUGCCACCGUUACUCGAUCUUAUUCAAACUACAACUACGCAAGAGAACGCAAUCGCUGCUCUUUUGAAGCUUUCAAAGCAUAUCAUUGGCCGCGAAGCUAUCAUGGAGAGUAGAGGUUUAGAAUCUCUUGUUACGGUUCUCAAAAGAGGUUAUAGUUUAGAAGCUCGCAGAGACGCAGCUGGUAUAAUAUUUUAUCUCACUUCGGUGAAAGAGUACAGAAAAUUAAUAGGAGAAAAUUCAGAAGCAGUCCAUGGUUUAGUUGAAAUAAUAAAAGAAGGAACAAUUUGUGGAAAAAAGAACGCCAUUGUUGCUAUUUUCGGUUUGCUUUUGCUUCCUAAGAAUCGUUCUAAGGUGCUUGUUUCUGGUGCUGUUCCUGCUAUUGUUAACGUUUUGUCUUCUUCAGAUAGAGCUUAUGUUGUUAAUGAUUGUUUAGCGGUUUUGGUAGUUUUGGCGGAUAGUGGUGAAGGUGCUUUGGCUAUAUUAGAAGGUUUGGAUUUGUGUUUGGUUGUUGGGGUUUUGAAAUCUGCAACUUCACGUGAAGAGAAGGAGUACUGUGUUUCUAUUUUGUUGUCGCUGUGUGUUAAUAUUGGUGCACAGGUUGUUGGUGUUUUGGUGAAGGAUGCUUCGCUUAUGCCAUUGCUUUAUGCAAUUAUUACGGAUGGUACUCCUCAAGCGGAAAAGAAAGCACGUAAGCUUAUUAAUGUCUUGCAAGAAUUCCUUGAGAAGAGGACUUUGGGAAUGGUGGGAUCCUCUGUUUCGCACUAAAGAUUGCUUCCUUUGAAUUAGUUUGAAAGCUUCUUCCUUUUUCUCCUUGGAAAUAAAUGUAGAAUGUACUAUAAUCUUAGUUUAUCUUAUAGCUUAAGAAAUAUUGGAUUAGCUCCAUGUUUAUUUUUUCAACGAGCUAAUUUAAAUUAAUUAAUAGCUUUUA